AUGGAUGCAGUAAAGGCUUUUAAUAAUGAGCUUUCAGCUCUGUAUGAAGUAAAACCACCUAUUUCGAAAGCUAAAAUGUCAUCUAUAACUAGGUCUGCUAUAAAAGCUAUAAAAUUUUACAAACAUGUCGUUCAAAGUGUAGAAAAAUUCAUUCAGAAAUGCAAACCUGAAUAUAAAGUUCCUGGACUAUAUGUAAUUGAUUCAAUUGUACGUCAAUCAAGGCAUCAAUUUGGACCUGAUAAGGAUUUGUUUGCUCCAAGAUUUGCAAAAAAUAUGCAAAAUACAUUUGCCAAUCUUUUCAAUUGCCCACCAGAGGACAAGGGAAAAAUAAUAAGAGUUUUAAAUUUAUGGCAAAAAAAUUCAGUGUUUACUCCAGAUGUUAUCCAACCGCUUUUUGAUCAAUUGGCAGAUCCCAAUAAUCCUAUCCAUAGAGAAAACUUAGCUGCCAGCAAUGGAUUAAAUACAUCUGCAGGUCAUACUUCACCUAAUAAUGUUUCUAAAUCUUCAGGUUUUUCAAACAAAACAGGACUGAAUUUACAAAGUGAUACUAACACACCUCAUUGGGUGAAGCUAGCACAGUCACAAAUAGAUGCAGCCAAUAAAGCAAUUUAUGAAUUAACAGGAACUUCAAUAUCACAAUCUAAGUCAUCUGCUACAAGCAGUUUAGACAUUUUACAACAAAUUCAACAAUUACAACAAUUUAUUCUUAGUCAAACAACUCAGGUUAGCCAAAAGUCGGAAAAGUCUCAAGAUCAAAUUGUAUUUGAUAGAAAAUUAUUAGAUUUUGAUUAUGAUGAUGAUGAUGAAGAGAAUACUUCACCUCACCAGCAAGCGAAUAAUAGUGAUAAUUUUAAUAAUAUUUUACAAAAUCCUGAAAUUUUAAGACAAUUAACAGCUCUUCAGCAACAAAUGUCGCAGCAUCAAUUACGGCAGCAGCAAUUGGAAGUUGAAGAGAAAAUGAGAAAAUUGAAAGAAAUGAAACAACAAGAAGAAGAAUUUGACAAACAUUUAGCACAAACCGUACCGAAACUUCCGUUCGCUUCUGAAUGUGAUUUGAAACAGUACCAAGAACCCGUGGCAUCAAAUUCACUGCCGGAUUUAAGUGUUCCUCCACCUGGAUACCCAAAACAGGGCCAUAGAACAGAUACUCAAGAUUCAGAAGUCGAAUGCAUUGACGACGAAUCAAAUGAACGGGAUCAAAACGUCGAAGUCAUUAAUUUGCUCGAUCGGAGUCCGUCCAGUUCACCAUCACAAACGAGUAGUCGGAGGCGACAUAGCCGAUCAAGGUCGAGAGAUAGACGAAGAAGUCGUAGGUCACGUUCGAGAUCUUCGAGAUCUCGAUCCCGUUCGCUCAGACCAAAGAGAAGACACAGAUCUCGAUCGAAGUCGAGGGAUAGAUUUUACGACUCGGAAAAAGAUAGGGAAAGACGGAAAAAGGGUUUGCCGCCAAUCAAAAGAAAUCAUUUGAGCGUAUGCAGUACUACAUUAUGGGUCGGUCAUUUAUCCAAACUCGUACAACAAGAAGAAUUAUCGGACACGUUCGGAGAAUUUGGUGAUAUUGUCAGUAUUGACGUCAUACCACCGAGGGGAUGUGCUUUUAUUUGUAUGAACCGUCGACAAGAUGCAGCUCGUGCUCUUACAAGACUCAAAGAUCACAAACUUCACGGGAAAAACAUAAUGUUGGCAUGGGCUCCCGGAAAGGGAGUCAAAGGUCGCGAUUAUAAAGAUUACUGGGAAAUCGAUUUAGGCGUAUCUUAUAUUCCGUGGAAUAGGCUUAGUAAAAAAACGGAUUUUGUUGCUUUAGAAGAAGGUGGCUCCUUAGAUGAAGAUACAAUGCCGGAAAAAGGUAUUGCGGUACCAGGAUAUAUACCUCUUCCCGAAGGUAUUCCUGCUCCACCUGUGCCUCCAGUUCUUGCUGCCACUUUACCCACAGUAAUGACUGUUCCACCACCGGUUCUUACUGCAUCCAAUUCACCGGUUACGCCAGCAAUCGACACUUCACAACCACCUCCCAAUGUUUCUCCUUCAUCGAAAGGAGUUUCCGUACUUUCCAAUCCAUCCAUUGCCUUACCUCAGAUUACUCCUAGAAUCCCGUUAAUGACUAAACCUGGAUUGAUGAUGCCUCCGUUUUCUUUCACUAGUCUCCCGCCUCCAUUAAGUUUGGGAGUGCCAAAUAUGAUGAGUAACCUUCCAAUAGGUGUUCCACCGCCAAGUAUGCAAGGAUUAUUGAUGCAACAACAAAUGAUGGCUAUUCCUACUUCUGGAGCUUCUCCUUUUCCUCCCGGUACAAUGUUGCCAUCAAUGGCUAAUCAGUCGGAUAAAUUAAGUGGAAUGGGAAUCGGAUCAUUGCAAGGUGAUUCUUUAGGAAUGGUAGGGGUAGAAGAUGAUAGAAUGGAUCUUGAAGAAGAAGGAGAUGAUGAAAAAUCUAAAUUGGCCAAAAAUCGAUCUCCUCACGGUCAAGAAAAAGUUUUAGGGGAUGACACAUCACGUAGAGACGGUAGAAAAGAUAGUGAUGAUAGAGGAAAAGACAGAGAUCGUGAUAAAGAUAAACGUGAAAAAGAUAGGGAUAGGGAUCGAGGAAGAGAUAGAGAUAGAGAUUACAGAGAGAGGGAUCGAGACUACAGAGAUAGGGAUAGGGAUAAAAGGAGAAAUCAUUCAAGGGAUAGAGAAGAUCGUAGUAAAGGUCGGGACAGAGAUUAUCGGAAUCGUUCAAGAGAAAGAGAUAAUAGAAGGGAUCGUAGUAGGGGAAGUGAUCGCGAUAGAAGUAGGGAUAAAGGAAAAGAAAAAAAUUCAGAGAAUGAUGGAAAGCGAGAUGAUACUAAAAAAGAACCCGUUAAUCAAUGGGUAGAAGUAUCUACGCCAAACGAAGAAAAACCGAGUUUGCUUCAGAGGCUGAGAAAUAUUGCUGAAGGAGGUGACGCUUCUCAAAGAACUGAACAAUUAAACCAAAUGUUCGGUGGAAUUCCACCAAGAAUGUCUGAACCAGGAUUAAACCGUCAUGGUCCUCCUAUAGUAAUGAAUCUUAAUAAUUGUAACAUACCUAGACCUGGUUUUGGAGCUAGAGGACCUUUAUUAGAUGUUUUUCGUCCAGAAUUUGGUCUUCAGGGACCUCGAGGACCAAUCGAUUUCUCUGGGAGAGGUGGUUUUGGCCCCGACGUACUAAAUAAUGAUGAUGACUGCCGAGCUGGUUUUGAUCCCCGCGGUAGAGGUCCUUUGGGACCCGAUCAAAGUGACAGGAACCGAGGUCGAUUUGAUCAUUCGGGACCGCGACCUUUAAUGGAAGCUCAUUUCGAUGGUCCUCCAUUGAUUUCAGACGACAUGAGAGGCCCUCUAAUGCAUGAUGGAAUGCGCGGACCAAUUAUGCAUCCGGAUGAAUUGAUGUGUCCAGAUGAUAUGCGAGGUCCAGGACCCAUGUUUUUAGAUCCGAUGGAUGAUCCAAGAAUGAGAUUCGGUCCCAGAGGAAUGAUGGGUCCUAUGCCCAGAGGAUUAAUGGGACCGCACGUUCCACUUUUUGGCCCACGUGGACCUCGUUCCCUUUUAGGAAGGCCGGGUAUGUGGAUGGAUGGUCAAGGUCCUCCACCGCACAGUGAUAAUCUGAGGCCGCCCUACGAUGAUCGACCUGGCGGUCCAAGACGUGGUUCGGGAAUAGGCGGUGCAAAUGCAAGAUUUCGAGGAGACAGGUCUAGAGAUAGACAAUCUAGGUGGAAUAAAGACGAUGUUAAAGAAUCGAGAGGGGAAACGAGUAAAAAACCUUCGCCCGAAAAAGAAAUAAAAAGUGAAAAUGAGGAAAUUGUGAGAGACACUGAGACGCCUUGUCACGACGAGAAGCCUAUCGAAGAAAUACCAUCAUUGGAGCCGGGAAAAGACGUUGUUUGUCCGCAGCCCGAAGAACCACUUGUAGAAACAGCAAUCGAACAAACUACUCAAUCCGCAAUACAAUACGAAAGAGACACGGCGACUCCAUGCCAUGACGAGCCGGAAGUUCCCAACAUCGUAGUAGAAAAUCCCGACAUGGCAAAUAAAGAAGCGUAG